AACAGCGCAUGCGUCUUGGGUGGGAAGUGAUUGGACCUUCAGAAAUCCGGAAGUAUGUGAAGGUCUUCGGCUAUGGUUGGAGUACAUAACGUUUCACUCUUGUAGGGUUAAAGUCGAUGUGGAAAUGGGUGUUAAAAUAGAGAUAUUUAGAAUGAUGCUGUAUCUUUCCUUUCCUGUGACCAUGUUCUGGAUCUCAAAUCAAGCAGAGUAUUUUGAAGAAUACAUAGUAAAGAGAAAGCGGGAGAUCUUCCCCCCUGAUGAUGGACUGCAUAGGAAAGAGUUGGAGGACUUCAAAGAGCGAAUGCGUGCUCGUAAGGAGCAACGGAUAUUGAAACAGAUUUCCAUGGAGGCUGAGAAAUGAGGAUUUUGUGAUGUAGACAUGCACAAGUUCUCAGCAGCACUAAUGGAGGAUUAUCUGGCAAAGCUUUUGAGCAAAAGAAAACUUUGGAUUUAAGAAGAAGCAUGACACAAUGAAAAUAUCUUAGAAGUUAACACAUCCCAAGAAGCGCUUGGCAUUUUACAGAAAAUAUUGAAAACAUCUAUUGAGAUUUAAUAUGUAUUAAUCUUAAGGUUUAGAAAUCAACCUAGGUUUUGUGGUCUGAUCUCAUAAGUGAUAUUGUGGGAAUGUCCAGUCGUAUCUAAUGUAUAUAUCAUGAUUUAUUUUGCAAGGUACAGUGCCUAUAAAAUGUGCCCACUCCUGUAAAUGUUUUUCACAACAUUUUAUCACAGUGGAUGUAUUAAGGUCAUUUUGAUACUGUUCAGCAGGAAGAGACCUUGAUACCAAAGUGUAAAAUAAUCUAAAUAAAGUGGUCUGAAUUAAGCAGAACUAUAAAAGCAAAGUAACUGUCUGCCUAAGGAUUCAAUGAAUAAUGAAUAAUAUUUCCAGUUAUCACUGUCACAAAGCCUAUUACAUCCACUCUGUUUAUAUAAAAAGAAGUUACAGGGGUUAGAGGAUUGUCCUUGCAUACACUGAUUAUGAGUAUACUUAUUGUUAAUCUGUCACUUUCAUGCUGUUUUUCAUUAAAGUCUGUUUUGUAUUAUAACA